CUUCAUUAUUCUGUGUGUCUUAGGUCUGUUGAUGCGUUUUUUUCAGGCCCUCUGAGUUUUGUAUGAUGAACCUGACAGAGCCUCUGUAGCGGAAACUCAGUUAAAAUGCCUUGUGCAGGGUGACCGACCGGUAGAAGAUUACUGUACUUAAUUUUGUAAAUGGUGCGUUCCCUCUGGUUGGAAUGAACCAGCUCUUAAAAGUCAGUUUAGGUCUGGUCUAUCGGAGACUCUCAAAUAUAUGCUUGUUGAUUAUCCCUCUCCUGACACCUUGGAGCAAACUAUGACGCUUGCUGUAAGACUGGACAGACGAUUUAGGGAGAGACAUUGGGAGCAUUUGCUUUUUCCACAGGUUAUAUCCAAACCAGAGACCUGUCCUGUGGGGAUAAAGUCUGAGCCUUGUACUGAUGAACCUAUGCAGCUAGGUUUGACCAGAAGAGACCAACGUCGUCGUUGUGGUACAUGUUUUUACUGUGGUGACUCCGAUUAUUGGAUCCGGCAAUGUCCCAAGGUCCCUCCUUCUGGAAGAUCACCCAAACCAGAGGGAUCUAAAGAUAAGUGUACAACAUAUUGAAGAGCAAUUGAUGCUACUCGUGAUCUUUGUCAAAUUACAUUUAUUUACAACCACAACAAAAUGGUGGAUAGUAAAGUAAAAGUGGCUGUGAGGGUGCGGCCAAUGAAUCAGAGAGAAAUUGAUUCACAGGCAGAAUGUGUGGUAUACAUGGAAGGAAGACAAACAGUGUUGAAAUCCACAUGCACAGCACAAAAAGAGUUUCUCUUUGAUCACUGUUUUUGGUCUGUAAGAGAUGAAGACCCUGCCAAGUAUACAAGCCAGGAGGAUAUUUUUAAGGUGCUUGGGGAAGACAUUGUUGACAGUUCCUUUGAAGGGUUCAACUCAUGCAUUUUUGCUUAUGGUCAAACAGGAUCAGGAAAAACAUUUUCUAUGAUGGGGACAGAUGACCAACCUGGUCUAGUGCCAAGAAUAUGUUCUGCCUUAUUUAGCAGAGAAAUAAAUAAUUUAAAAAGCCUUCAAGUUGAAGCUGCAUACUUAGAAAUAUACAACGAAAAAGUACGAGAUCUUUUAUACCCCACAGGUGACUUUAAGGCACUAAGAGUUCGAGAACACAAAUCUUUUGGCCCUUAUGUGGAAGGUUUGUCUCAUCAUGCUGUCAGUAAUACUGAAGACAUAAAAUCACUGAUACUAGAAGGGAACAAAUGCCGGAAAAUUGCCAGUACAAAAAUGAAUGAACACAGCAGUCGGUCACAUGCAAUAUUUACUCUCACAGUCACACAGACUCUUCAUAAUGAACAUGGUGUUCUGAAAGAGCUUCUCAGCAAGGUUAGUUUGGUGGAUUUGGCAGGAAGUGAAAGAUCUUCCAUCUCUGGAGCUACUGGGGAUCAACUGAAAGAAAGCACUAACAUUAAUAAGUCGCUAACAUUUCUUGGUCUGGUUAUAAAUUCAUUGGCUGAACAAUCUGAAGGUAAAAGAAAGAGUAGUUUUAUCAAUUACAGAGAUUCAGUACUCACCUGGUUGUUAAAAAACAAUCUUGGAGGAAACAGUAAGACUGUAAUGUUGGCAACAAUAAGCCCAGCAUCUGUUAACUAUCAGGAGACACUCUCUACUUUGAAAUAUGCUGACCGUGCCAAAUGUAUAGUCAACAAAGCAAUGGUAAACGAAGAUAUCAAAUCUAAGGCUAUAAUAGAGCUGAAAGAAGAAGUGAAAGUAAUGAGAGAACAACUUCAACAGGCUGAAGCAAAAUACAAACAGGAACUAGAGGCAAAGUUAAAGGAAUCAGAAAAGCUUCUAAGAGAUUUAAAAGUCUCUUGGGAAGAAAAGCUAAAAAAGACGGAAAUGUCGGCCAUGGAACGACAAAAACAGCUCCAGCGACUUGGAAUCACCGUAGAACAUACUGGCAUUAAAGUUGACGAAGAUAAAUGUUACCUCAUAAACUUAUCUAUUAGUAUGAAUAAUCAGAAUGAACUUCUUCUGUAUCAUUUAGGCGAUAAAACAAAAAUUGGUGCUGCUGAGUCUCAAGACAUCCAGGUCACUGCACCUGGCAUUGAGUUGGAGCAUUGUAUUAUUGACAUAUCACAAGAUGGAGAAAUAUUUCUCAACCCCAACAAACAUGCUGAGACCUUUGUAAAUGGUCUAAAAGUUCAUGCAGUUGUAAAUUUGAGUCAUGAAGAUAAAAUAAAGCUUGGAAACAAAACUUCUUUCAUGCUGCAUAAGCCAAACUCUAAAUAUAACACUGUUCAGGAUGGUGCUGAUUCUGUUCACAAUGUUGUUUCAAAUCAAACUGAAGAACUAAAUACACAAGAAAAUGAAUUCACCCCUGAAGAAAGUGACAUAAGUAUCGGCUCACACAAUAUCCAACAUUCUCAUGGAGAAAACACAGACUCUGUAUACAUGUGUACAUUUUCUAAAGACUCUAGAACCAUGGUUUCUUCUGUACAAAACAUCGACAUUCCUCAAGAUAGGAUUCUAUCUCCAAAAAUCAGAAACACUAAAUAUUUAGAACAGGAUUCUAGUGAAAGCAAAAUUACAACUACAGAGACACUAGUAUCUACAAAGAGACACAGGGAGGAUGACAGAAACAUUAAAUUAAAGUUAAUUAGUAAAAACAAAAAAUCAGAUGAAAACAAUACUGUUGAUGAUUAUGAUAGAAUGGAGAUCUCCAUCACAUCUCGGACUGAAACUGAACAGGAUCUGAGUAACAAUAAACAGAUAUCACAGGAAGAUAGUGAUAAAACUGAUAUCCCCACAAAUCCAAAAUUUUAUGCUGAAGCUAAUGACGAAAUGGAAAUCUCCAUCACUUCAACAUCUCAGACUGAAACUGAACAGGAUCUAAGUAACACAAAACAGAUAUCAAAGGAAGAUAAUGACGAUAAAACUAAUAUCCCCAAGAAUCCAACAUUUCAGCUUAAAAUUGAACAAAAUGUAAGUAGUGAGAACCAGAUUUCUAAAGACGUUAGUGACAAAAUGGAAAUCCCCGUCACUUCAAUAUCUCAGACUGAAACUGAUAAAACUGAUAUCCCCACAAAUACAACAUUUCAAGCUGAAAUGGAACAAAAUUUAAGUUGUGAAAACCAGAUUUCUAAAGAAGCUAAUGACGGAAUGGAAAUCUCCAUCACUUCAACAUCUCAGACUGAUACUGAACAGGAUCUAAGUGACAAAAAACAGAUAUCAAAGGAAGAUGAUGAUGAUAAAACUAAUAUCCCCAAGAAUCCAACAUUUCAGGCUAAAAUGGAACAACAUGUAAGUAGUGAGAACCAGAUUUCUCAAGACGUUAGUGACAAAAUGGAAAUCUCUGUCACUUCAUUAUCUCAGACUAAAACUGAUAUCCCCACAAAUCCAACAUUUCAAGCUGAAAUGGAACAAAAUAUAAGUUGUGAAAACAAAAUUUCUAAAGAAGCUAAUGACGGAAUGGAAAUCUCCAUCACUUCAACAUCUCAGACUGAAACUGAACAGGAUCUAAGUAACAAAAAACAGAUAUCAAAUGAAGAUGAUUAUGAUAAAACUAAUACCCCCAUGAAUCCAACAUUUCAGGCUGAAAUAGAAGAAAAUGUAAGUUUUGAAAAUCAGAUUACUGAAGAAGUUAAUGACGGAAUGGAAAUCUCCAUCACUUCAACAUCUCAGACUGUAAUUGAACAGGAUCUAAAUAACAAAAAACAGAUAUCAAAGGAAGAUGAUGAUAAUAAAACUAAUACCCCCAUGAAUCCAACAUUUCAGGCUGCAAUAGAAGAAAAUGUAAGUUGUCAAAAUCAGAUUACUAAAGAAGUUAAUGACAGAAUGGAAAUCUCCAUCACUUUAACAUCUCAGACUGAAAUUGAACAGGAUCUAAAUAACAAAAAACAGAUAUCAAAGGAAGAUGAUGAUGAUAAAACUAAUACCUCCAUGAAUCCAACAUUUCAGGCUGAAAUAGAAGAAAAUGUAAGUUGUAAAAACGAGAUUACUAAAGAAGUUAAUGACGGAAUGGAAAUCUCCAUCACUUUAACAUCUCAGACUGAAAUUGAACAGGAUCUAAAUAACAAAAAACUGAUAUCAAAGGAAGAUGAUGAUGAUAAAACUAAUACCUCCAUGAAUCCAACAUUUCAGGCUGAAAUAGAAGAAAAUGUAAGUUGUGAAAAUCAGAUUACUAAAGAAGUUAAUGACAGAAUGGAAAUCUCCAUCACUUUAACAUCUCAGACUGAAAUUGAACAGGAUCUAAAUAACAAAAAACAGAUAUCAAAGGAAGAUGAUGAUAAUAAAACUAAUACCUCCAUGAAUCCAACAUUUCAGGCUGAAAUAGAAGAAAAUGUAAGUUGUAAAAACGAGAUUACUAAAGAAGUUAAUGACGGAAUGGAAAUCUCCAUCACUUUAACAUCUCAGACUGAAAUUGAACAGGAUCUAAAUAACAAAAAACAGAUAUCAAAGGAAGAUGAUGAUGAUAAAACUAAUACCUCCAUGAAUCCAACAUUUCAGGCUGAAAUAGAAGAAAAUGUAAGUUGUCAAAAUCAGAUUACUAAAGAAGUUGAUGACGGAAUGGAAAUCUCCAUCACUUCAACAUCUCAGACUGCAAUUGAACAGGAUCUAAAUAACAAAAAACAGAUAUCAAAGGAAGAUGAUGAUGAUGAUAAAACUAAUACCCCCAUGAAUCCAACAUUUCAGGCUGAAAUAGAAGAAAAUGUAAGUUGUGAAAAUCAGAUUAUUAAAGAAGUUAAUGACGGAAUGGAAAUCUCCAUCACUUUAACAUCUCAGACUGAAAUUGAACAGGAUCUAAAUAACAAAAAACAGAUAUCAAAGGAAGAUGAUGAUGAUGAUAAAACUAAUACCUCCAUAAAUCCAACAUUUCAGGCUGAAAUAGAAGAAAAUGUAAGUUGUGAAAAUCAGAUUACUAAAGAAGUUAAUGACGGAAUGCAAAUCUCCAUCACUUCAACAUCUCAGACUGAAAUUGAACACAAUUUAAGCAGCAAGAACCAGAUAUAUGAGGAAUAUAAUAAUAAUGAAACUGAUGUGUGCAUCGCCUCAACAUCUCCAUCAGUUGAACUUUCGAUUCAAUACAACCUAAUCACCAAGUCUCAAAACAAGCAAGAAAAAUAUGAUACAAGUGAAAGGCAUGAAAGAGCUUCAGCCAUGGCAGCAAUUUCAGAGAAUACAACUAAUUACAUUCGAAGAGCAAGGAAAGAGAUCGUGGCAGCUCUACAGAAGGAUUUUAAUGAAUUUCUGGAUGAAUUUGAUUCAAAAAACCUGAUCACUCAGGAAGAAUAUUUUACAGUUGAAAAUAUGAGUAACGUGAAAGAAAAAGCAAGAGCCUUGGUGAAUAUAAUUCUUCAGAAAGAUGAGUCGACUUGUAGUUUAUUCCUCCAAUGCAUGCAACUAAACCAGGAGGAGAAAAAUGUCCCUGAGCAAGAGGUGCAGAAAAGUCACAUUGAGGAUCCAAAGAAAGGAAAUGCUGACAAAGAUGAUCUGACCACUUCUAAUCAUGAAGAAAUACAUUUACCAGAAGAAAAUGUCAAGAAAAAAUCCACAGAAAAAGAUGGCCUGACCACUUCUAAAUAUGAGGACAUCCAUUUACCAGAAGAAAAUGUAAAGAAAGAAUCCAAGGAAAAAGACAAAAAAACCUGCUUCCAGGAUCUUCUCAAAAAGAUUGAAUUUCAGAGUUACCAGACAUCCAAGCUUACACUAAAUGAUGUUCUUGAUAUUGGUGCUGAAUGCUUGAGACCAGGAGUUUUUCCUAAGGAAAAUGUGGCUUGGUAUUUUAUAAGAAAAUUGAUGUCAUUGCAUGAGGAGGCAAGGAAUAUCAGUACAGAAGGGACCAGAGAAGAAAUGAGCAGGGAUCACACGUUAAUGCUGGAUAUGGACAGUGACCUGUCAGAUGGUAUCCACCCAUUAGACUUACAAUGUGUUAUCUUACAUUGCUCAGAUCAUUUCCUUCAGCAAGAGAUGAUAUCAAAAAUGUCCAUGUGUCAGUUUUCUGUCCCUCUGCUACUGCCAGCCAAUGAUGGUCCAGACUACACCUUUAUGUUGUGGGCAAUGAGGGGAAUUGUGAAGAAAUGGAGACCCCAAUACCUGGCACAUAGCAAAGGAUUUCAGGAGGAAAACUUGGUGAAAAUUUCCAUGCCAACGUUUUCAUUUGUGAGAUUAGGAAAGUGCAGACUUUCUAAGUCAAAAAUCCUAAACCAGAUUUUAAGUUCAACACAACAUUGUCAAGACAUCUUUGUCCAUCGAGACAUGGAAGGUGGAAAUGUGGAAAGGACUAUAUCAUUGGGGCUAGUGGAGAUAUCCUGGUAUUUUCCUGCUGGUAAAGGAAUCUUUACCAAGCCUGUUGCUUUUACAAACCUUCGUGGGGAGUUGGAGAGCAACUUGAAGCCAUUCAACUUCAUAGCAGAUAUAUCUUCAGUUGUUGUCAUCUUUGUUGAAACUAUCAGUAAGACUCAAUGUGAAUUAUUAAUGAAAUAUAAACCCUCCACAUAUCUCUUCAUUAUUACUCCUGAAGAGCAAGUGAGCAGAAAAGAAAGUGAAGAGAUGAUAGAAUCUGUGAUGUCCAUGACUGACCUAAAGAAGGACAAUGUUUUAGUGAUCUCAAAAACCACAAAUGAAGCAACAGCUGUUAAAAUGAUUCGCUCAGCUCUGCUGAAGUUGGAGAAGGAAAAUGCUAAUUACCUCAGUGUAGAAGACAUGGCUCGUAUAGCAGUAAUGCAAAAUAUCUGUGUGGAUGAAAAUACAGUGGAAUGUCAAGCUGCGGAAAAACACGCCAGAGCCAUAACUGAGGAGAUCUGCGAUGUUGUCAAGUAUAAAGGAAAAACAAUGAAACUGCAAAUGCAACUUCUAAAAGACCUGUCAACCCUAGAAAAGGAACUUUGUCAGAUGAAAAAACAACAAAAUAGAAAUGGGGAAAACUACAAAUCUGAACUGAGAAGAAAAUGUAAUGAGAUAAGGAAGAAACAGUGGGAAUGUGAUAUGCCAAAAGGAAUUAGCAGUUUUAUAAAAGGGAUCAAAACAAAAAAUCGAUUAGAAAAGUUUUAUUUUUUAAGUUGGUUAAAAUAUUAUUUGGACUUAGCAGCAAGGGAAAUGCUCACAUCUUUACAAGAGAAAUACAAAGAGAAAUAUUCUCAGGCCAGUGACUCCCAAGAGCUGAUGGAGAUCGAUAAAAAGAUAUCAGACAGUUCAUUGGGAAUAGAGCAUUUCCUGAGAGAGGUAUCUCAGUUUUAUGAGGUAUGGCAUGUCAUGGGUAAAAAAAACAAUGCACCUAUAGAAUAUAACCAUCUCCCUGAAAUAGCAUGUGAUCUUCUGCUUGAUGGCUACCCACUGGAAUUGAUUGAUGGAGAUGCAUCCAGGAUUCCUGUGCGGUGGGUAACAGAUGUUCUCAAUAUAGUGCACUCUAAGACAGGCGGCAGAAGCAAGAUAAAGGUAAUAACCGUGCUGGGAGUUCAAAGUACGGGGAAAUCCACUCUUCUGAACACCAUGUUUGGUCUACAGUUUCCAGUGGCCAGUGGACGAUGCACACGAGGAGCUUUCAUGACUCUUAUUAAAGUGAAGGAGAACUUCCAGGGGGAGCUCGGAUGUGAUUUUCUUCUAGUGAUUGACACUGAAGGGUUAAAAGCUCCCGAGUUGGAUUCUCUGGAGGGCAGUUAUGAACACGACAAUGAGUUGGCCACUCUAGUGGUUGGGUUAAGUGACAUCACUGUAAUCAAUAUGGCCAUGGAAAAUAUAACCGAAAUGAAAGAUAUUUUACAGAUUGUGGUCCAUGCAUUUCUCAGAAUGAAAGAAAUUGGGAAGAAGCCCAAUUGCCAGUUUGUUCAUCAAAAUGUGAGUGACGUGUCUGCUCCUGUAAUGAACAUGAGAGACAGAAAUAAAUUGCUGGAACAACUAAAUGAAAUGACCAAAACUGUGGCAACCAUAGAGAAGAAGCCUCAGUAUAAGGGGUUUUCUGAUGUUAUGGAAUAUGAUUCAGAGGAACACCAUUGGUACAUCCCUAGUCUUUGGCAGGGUAUACCGCCAAUGGCUCCUGUCAGCGCUGGCUACAGCGAACAUAUUACUGAAUUGAAGCAAAAUUUACUAAAAUUGAUUAAACAAAACCAAAAUAGGGCACAUAACCUACAGCAAUUUGCUAAGUGGAUGGGAGACUUAUGGAAUGCAGUCAUACAUGAGAACUUUAUUUUCAGCUUUAGAAAUAGCUUGGUAGCCAGUGCUUACAACAAACUGUCUAUGAAAUAUUCUGAAUUAGAGUGGAAAUUCAGCAAAUUGAUCCAUGAAUGGUUCACUAAUACUGAAACCAUUAUCAAGAACCAAUCUGAAGAAACUUUGGAAGAAAAAGGUAAAGAAUGUUGUAUAAGGCUACAAAACAUCAUUGCAAAAGAGCAGCACAAAAUGAUAACAUGGCUGGAGGAUUAUUUCAAACAAGAGAAAGAUUGUGUUCACUUAAUAAAAUACAAAGAAGACUUUAUAAUCAGUGUAAAGAUGCUUGGAGAAAACCUUGGAAGGUCCUCUCAUGACAAGUACAACAUAGCGAUUCAAAUUCAAAAACAGCAACAUAAGAUAAAAAGAGCAUGCAAGCAGUAUAUUAAGGAGAUUGAACACAAAGUUUCCAGCCUUAUGGAAGAAUGCAGGAAGAAACAACAUAAACUGGACAAUGCUAUGUUAGAAGUGGAGUUUGAGACCAUGUGGCAAGAAACGGUCAAAGAGUUAGGGGUGAAAUCGCUCAUAAAACGUAAUAUUGAGAAAGACAUGCUGCUUGAGUUCACCAAGACCAUGAGAGACAAGGGAUCAGCAGUUAAUGAAAAACUAAAUCAAAUACAGCACUUGCCAAGACCUAAGACAGAGAAUACUGACAGAAAAAGAGCAGGAAUUUUGACAUUAUUGAAAAGUGCAUAUACAUGGUGGAAAGGAAAUGCACCAAAUUCACACAAGUAUGAGUAUACCUCUCAAUAUAUACAUGACAAAUGCUGCAAAUACUCUGAAGAGCAAGCCCAGAGAGAUGCUGAUUAUGAUGACACCUACUGUAAACAACUGCUGAACAUGAUUGAUGACAUUCUAAUUAAGGAAGGGAAUAUCCCAGCUGAACUUGAGCUAGAAAUAAAAUUGAACAUUUUAGGACAUGCUGCUGCUGAUUUCCAGGUGAUGCAUAAUAAUUUUAUCAGAAAGAAUGACCCUCAUUCACAGCUGGAAACAUUGAAAUCUGAAUACUUUAGCACAUUUAUGAAUGUAUUUAAAGAGAAGAAUGAAAAUCAGGAUCUCGCCAAACGCAUAUGUGACACAUGUCUAAAGCCAGCAAUAAUUGAAAACAUUAUUCGAAAUCUAGGCAUUGAACUCGUAGACGACAUCAUGAGGUCUGAAGGCUCUGAAACCUACACCUCCCGGACAUUCUUCCAGUACACUGUUCUCUUAAAUCUUCUGGAAGAAAAUGUUUUUGGAAAAUAUGUAGAAUACUCAAAAAACUAUGAAAAAUUUGUGAAAAAAUGGAUAUUGAAAUACAUUAAAACGAAAUAUAAAAACUUCAGCACAAUAGGAAUUAAGAUCUUGUCAGCAAUCACAGAAAAGAUCAGAGAUUUCUUCAACAAUCCUAACAUGUGGAAUAAUUCAAAGAAUGUGGAAGAGUUCCUUACUACUUUCAAAAAGAAAUUAACCAGUGAUCUGGUAUUACCACAGGAAAAGAUGAUGGCAAUCAUUUUCAAAAACUCAGCAAAUAUAAAAGAAUUUAUUAGAAAUCUGAACAAUUUCUUGACUGACACAAUAGAAGAUAUCAAAUCAGAAAUUGAAUCUCUGAGUGUGGAUGUCAUUCUUUCCAGAGUAACAGUGAAACCUCAAGACGAACUAUUCAAGAAGGUGUUUGGAUGUGGAAAGCAGUGUCCAUUCUGCAAGGUCCCUUGUGAAGCUGGAGGUGACGACCACAAACACCAUUUUGCCUCUGUCCAUCGACCUAAAGGAUUAGGAACGUACAGAAGGUUAAACACAUCUAUUCUUAACCAUGACAUUUGCACUACUUGUGUCAGUGGAAAUGGAACAUUUCAGAAUAGUGAUACAAAUGAAAUACCUCAUCCCUAUAAGCAAUAUAAAGAAGUGUAUCCUGACUGGAAUAUUCAGCCUGAUCCCAGCAUUGAAGCCUCUGAUUACUGGAAAUUUGUUCUUAAAGAGUUCAAUGAGCAAUUUGCAAGAGAGUAUGAUGCCAAACCUGCCGAUUAUCCGAAGGAAUGGAACAGUCUGACCAAGAAUAUGGCAAAGGAAAGUCUCAAGAAAACCUUCAAUAUGCAGUAAUGAAUGAACAGGAACAUGUGAUAAGUGCUGAAUCCACUUCUGUGAAGGUUAUGUCUUGCAUUUAAAGGGGUUGUCAGAGCUGAACCCGGACAUCCCUCCAUUUUUACCCAGGCAGCCCCCCUGACUUGAGCAUCGGAGCAGUUCAUGCUCCGAUGCUCUCCUUUGCCCUGCGCUA